AUGGCUCCCAAGGUUGCAAUUGUCUACUACUCUAUGUACGGCCACAUCAAGGCCUUGGCCGAGGCCGAGAAGAAGGGCAUUGAGUCCGCUGGUGGCCAAGCCGAGAUCUUCCAGAUCGCCGAGACCCUCAGCGAGGAAGUCUUGGGCAAGAUGUACGCUCCUCCCAAGGCCGACUACCCCAUUAUCGAGCCCGCCGAUCUCCUUGCCUUCGAUGCCGUUCUGUUCGGUAUCCCUACCCGUUACGGUAACUUCCCUGCUCAGUGGAAGACCUUCUGGGACAAGACUGGCGGCAUUUGGGCCACUGGUGGUUUCUGGGGCAAGUACGCCGGUCUCUUCGUUUCCACCGGUACCCAGGGUGGUGGUCAAGAGUCUACCGCUCUUGCCUCCAUGAGCACUCUCGCUCACCACGGCUUCAUCUACGUUCCCCUGGGCUACAAGACCGUCUUCGCCCAGCUGAGCAACUUGAAUGAGGUUCACGGUGGUAGCGCCUGGGGUGCUGGUACCUUCGCUGGUGCCGACGGUUCCCGUCAGCCUUCCGCCCUUGAGCUCGAGGUCGCCACCGCCCAGGGUAAGGCUUUCUACGAGACCGUUUCCAAGGUCCACACCGAGUCGAAGCCGGAGAGCUCGACCCCUGCUGCUGGGGGGGCCGCUCAGAAGACUGAGCAACCUGUCAAGGAGCAGCAGGGUACUCGGGAGGCCGCUCAAAAGACUGAGCAGCCUGCCAAGGAGGCAGCUAAGAAGGAGAAGAGCAAUGAGGGGCCAUGCGGUUUGCCCAAGAAAUGUACCAUUCUUUGA